ACACACUCACAGUCAGAACACCUGACUUCUCCAGCCUCCUAAAGGCCGUUGACGCCAGUGACGCGUGCGUGUGCUGUGCACAAAGAACACGAAAUCGGCAAUGCGCCGUGGUUGACCGGCGGAGCUAGCAGACGUGCAUCAUCAUCAAGUCUUCCGCAUCACUUCCGCCUGGUGCCUGACCAGAGCUCUAAGCUCUUGCACUCUUUCUCCUAGAUUUACCUACUCAUCCAUACUCAGCUAGAUAUCAGAAGCUGACGCGAGAUGAUGUUCGGCUUCAUCGCUGACGGCUUGACCGUCGCUACCACAGUCCUCUUCCCCAUUUUCGCCUCGUACAAAGCCUUGCACACAUCAGAUCCAGCUCUCCUUGCACCUUGGCUCAUCUACUUUGUCGUUCUCUCCGUCCUCACCACCGUCGAGAAUGUCUUCGACUUCAUCCUCAGCUGGGUUCCUUUCUAUUCCUGGAUGCGCUUUUUCUUGCACCUAUACCUUAUCCUGCCCGGCUCCGGGGGCGCCACGCUCCUCUAUCAGCAGUACAUCGAGCCCUUCCUGUACCACCACGAGCGCGAAAUCGACGAAUUCAUAACGCAGAGCCACGACAGCGCCAAGGCAGCAGGCCUCGCAUAUCUCGAGAUGGGCAUUGAGUGGGUCAAAGUCAACGUCAUGGGAUUCGCGCCGAAGAAGCCCACACAACCACCACCAGCCGGGCAGACAUACGCGCAGAACCUCAUGAGCAGGUUCCAAAUGCCCGCAGCACGGGGCGGCAACGACAUAUACGGCAUGGUCAACCAGGCGCUGAGCGGAGCCUCCGCCAUGUACGGCGCCAACAAAGACGCCCAGGCCGCCGAUCUAUCCCGCAACACGCGCCUCGUCCCAGACUCGAUCCGCAACAACGACGACCGCCUCAGCUACGUCGCCUCGCAGCGCGAGCGCCUCGAAACCGUCCUCAAGGCCCUCGACCGCGAGCACGAGAGCAUCCGCACCCAGCAGACAGGCGGCAACAAAUACCACGAGAGCCCCAAUCUCUCGCGAGCCAGCAGUAGCUUAGGGAGUGGCCGUCUCUCGCGCAAUAGGAGCGAGGCCGAGUUUGAUACUAUCGAGCGCGAUGAAUUGACGCCCGGGUCCGCGUCGGAUCGUCCUCCGUACCCGCUUACCCCGCCCCCCAUGGGAAGGCGCACGAGCAGUGGGUGGAUGCCGUGGAAUUGGCCGCGCGCCCAGCAGCCUACGGACGACGACCCGCUGGCAUAUGGGAAGAGGGCGGGAGAGUCGAUUAGGGAUAGGGCAAAGGCUUCGGGCUUCGAACUGGGGGGUCGCUAGGAGACGAACCCUUGGAGGAGAGCAUACUCGGAGUCCUGACCGUAGGUUUGCGGUUGGGGAGUGUUCGAGGUGGUGGAUGGAAAAUAUUUACGGGCGAUGGGGG